GAUUUAUAGAAUUCUGUGAGGGAGCAAAACCCCACACUGGUAGUAGCAAGUGUCAGAGAGUGCGACAAGAGAUGUGGUUGUUCAGCAGGAAAGGCCCAUCUGGGUUCUCUGCAUCUUCCACGGCUGAGGUGGUUACUCAGGGGAUUGAUGGAACUGGUCUCACUGCCAUCGUCACAGGAGCAUCUAGCGGCAUUGGAACUGAAACUGCACGUGUUCUUGCAAUGCGUGGUGUCCAUGUAAUUAUGGGGGUGAGGAAUGUGGCUGCUGGACUUGAUGUAAAAGAAGCAAUUGUUAAGGAAAUCCCCUCUGCGAAAGUUGAUGUCAUGGAGUUGGAUCUCAGUUCACUGGAAUCAGUGAGGAAAUUUGCAUCAGAAUACAAUUCCUCAGGUCGUCCAGUGAACCUCCUAAUUAAUAAUGCAGGAAUUAUGGCGACUCCUUUCAAGCUUUCCAAAGACAACAUUGAACUCCAGUUUGCAACAAAUCACUUGGGCCAUUUUCUUUUGACAAAUCUCUUGUUGGACACAAUGAAGAAAACAGCACGUGAAAGUAAACGAGAAGGACGGAUUGUAAUUGUCUCAUCAGAGGCUCAUCGAUUCCCAUAUUCUGAGGGAAUUCACUUUGAUAAGAUCAAUGAUGAAUCAGGGUACAGCAGUAUUCGUGCAUACGGCCAAUCAAAGCUUGCUAAUGUUUUGCAUGCCAAUGAACUUGCAAGACGUUUUAAGGAAGAGGGAGUUGAUAUAACUGCAAAUUCACUUCAUCCAGGAGCAAUUGUCACUAAUCUUUUACGUCAUAUGAGCAUCAUUCAUGGUAAUCAUUUGAGUGUUUUAUAUCCUUACAGGGGAGCUGCUACCACAUGCUAUGUGGCAUUGCAUCCACAAGCAAAGGGAGUAUCAGGUGAAUAUUUCAAGGACAGUAACAUCGGGCAAGCAACUGAGAAGGGUAGGGAUCCCGAGUUGGCCAAUAAACUCUGGGAUUUCAGCAUGGAUAUGGUUCAAUAAUGUAGACACUGUUCAUUAGUAGUUACUAUAUAUUCUACAGAAAAAUAAAUAAAUAAAUGGAAUGAGAACUUGGCACGUUACACAUACAUUGCAUGGUCAGACAGGAGAGUGUUGACGGUCUGAAACAGAUAAUGCUUCUCUGGUAAAGGUUGUGUGUGUAAAGGAACGACAUUUAGCUUUUAGUAAAGACUUUGUAUCGUCUCCUUCCAAUAAAUAACAAUUUGAGUU